UACUCUAGCAAUAUCUUAUAGGAAUCUAUUACCCUAAUUACCUUAUAACUAUCACUGGGUAAUACAUACUGUUGCAUACAAAUAGGCAUUAUCCUGCAGCCGAGGUAACUAAUGCCCUAGCCUUUAUCUCGCUAAUAUCUACUACCGGUACCCUAGUUAUUACUUUGCAAGUAAUUAUUAUCUUGGCUCUUACCUUGCAGGUAGCUAUUACCCAAGCCAUUACUUCACAAGUAAGCAUUGUCUUGCCUCAUGGGUGGCUACAGCAUCCUAUCACACCUCACAUAACUGAUAGUGAGGAUAAAUGAAAAAUGUGAUGUGCUAAGUGUCUUGAGCCCACACACCUGGUAGGAAGGAACCCUAAAAUAUACUAUAUUUAUUCAGCACUGCUAAGAUCACAACUGGUGUCCUAGCUAGGAUUUCGAGUAAUACAAUUCCAGAAGGGGUUUUCAGAGGAAGACAAAAAUGAUGAUACAAGUAUUUGUAAAACAUUUCCUAAGAAGAUAUGCCGAAGGACCUUGGGAUGUUCAGGCUGGAGAAACGAAAACUGAGGAGAGACACGCUAACCAUGUUCAGAGGAGGCAGGCAGCUGUGUACAGGAUGGGCAGAGAUAUAGUGAUAAAGAUGUGUGGAAACCCGAACCGUGCCAGAUCUGUGUUUGUGACACUGGCACUGUCCUCUGCGACGAUAUUCUCUGCGAAGAAAUGAGAGACUGUCCCAGGCCUGAGAUACCCUUCGGAGAAUGUUGCCCUAUAUGUCCAACUGAUCAGCCCACCGCCAGUGGUUGGCAACCUGGUCCCAAGGGUCAAAAGGGUGAACCUGGUGAUAUCAAGGAUGUUGUAGGACCGAGAGGCCCUCCUGGACCACAGGGACCUUCAGGUGAACAAGGACCAAGGGGAGAACGUGGAGAAAAAGGAGAAAAGGGUGCUGCAGGUCCACGUGGCAGAGAUGGUGAACCUGGUACGCCUGGCAAUCCAGGGCCCGCUGGACCCCCAGGCCCCCCAGGCCUUACUGGAAACUUUGCUGCUCAGAUGGCUGGUGGAUUUGAUGAGAAAGCAGGUGGUGGGGGUGCUCAGAUGGGAGUGAUGCAAGGACCUAUGGGACCAAUGGGACCACGGGGUCCUCCAGGACCAUCAGGAUCUCCUGGCCCUCAAGGAUUUCAAGGCAGCCCUGGAGAACCCGGAGAACCUGGUUCUGGGGGUGCAAUGGGUCCCCGUGGGCCACCUGGAUUACCUGGAAAACCAGGAGAGGAUGGUGAAGCAGGCAAACCUGGCAAAUCAGGAGAGCGUGGAUUACCUGGACCUCAGGGUGCUCGAGGUUUCCCUGGGACCCCAGGUCUUCCUGGUGUCAAAGGUCACAGAGGAUAUCCUGGUUUAGAUGGCUCUAAAGGAGAAGCUGGUGCUCCAGGUGCUAAGGGUGAAGCUGGAUCUUCUGGGGAGAAUGGUUCUCCUGGUCCUAUGGGUCCCCGUGGCCUUUCAGGUGAAAGAGGACGUCCUGGCCCAUCUGGUGCUGCUGGUGCUCGUGGUAAUGAUGGUCUCCCUGGUCCAGCUGGUCCACCGGGACCUGUUGGCCCUUCUGGUGGACCAGGGUUUCCAGGAGCUCCAGGUGCAAAGGGUGAAGCUGGUCCCACUGGUGCUCGUGGCCCUGAGGGUGCCCAAGGCUCUAGAGGUGAAUCUGGAUCCCCUGGUUCUCCAGGACCUGCAGGACCUCCAGGCAACCCUGGAAAUGACGGAAUCCCUGGUGCCAAAGGAUCAGCAGGUGGUCCUGGCAUUGCUGGUGCUCCUGGUUUUCCUGGCCCACGUGGCCCCCCUGGGCCACAAGGUGCAACAGGACCUUUGGGUCCCAAAGGUCAGGCGGGAGAGCCUGGAAUUGCAGGCUUCAAAGGUGAACAAGGCCCCAAGGGUGAACCUGGCCCUGGGGGACCACAAGGAGCCCCUGGCCCAGCCGGCGAAGAAGGGAAGAGAGGAGGUCGUGGUGAGCCAGGAGCUGCAGGACCAACUGGACCACCCGGAGAGAGGGGUUCCCCUGGAAAUCGUGGUUUCCCAGGUCAGGAUGGAUUAGCUGGGCCCAAAGGUGCUCCUGGAGAACGUGGCCCUCCUGGCCUUGGGGGACCCAAAGGUGGCCCUGGAGAUCCUGGACGACCUGGAGAACCUGGCCUGCCUGGUGCCCGGGGUCUCACUGGUCGCCCUGGGGAUGCUGGUGCUCAAGGCAAAGUUGGCCCAUCUGGUACUCCGGGUGAAGAUGGACGGCCUGGCCCACCUGGUCCUCAAGGUGCUCGUGGUCAGCCUGGUGUCAUGGGUUUCCCAGGCCCCAAAGGUGCUAAUGGUGAAGCUGGUAAAGCUGGUGAGAAGGGACUACCUGGUGCUCCUGGACUACGAGGUCUUCCUGGCAAAGAUGGUGAGACAGGAGCAGCUGGACCACCAGGACCUGCUGGGGCUGUUGGAGAGAGAGGUGAACAGGGUGCCCCUGGACCAUCUGGAUUCCAAGGACUUCCAGGCCCCGCAGGCCCUCCAGGUGAAGGUGGAAAACCAGGUGACCAAGGUGUUCCUGGAGAAGCUGGUACUCCUGGUCUCGUUGGUCCCAGAGGUGAACGUGGCUUCCCAGGAGAACGUGGACCUGCAGGUGCCCAAGGCUUGGCUGGUGGCCGAGGACUUCCCGGUACCCCUGGUACUGAUGGACCCAAGGGUGCAGCUGGUCCUGCUGGGCCUCCUGGAGCCCAAGGCCCCCCAGGUCUGCAGGGAAUGCCUGGUGAGAGAGGAGCUGGAGGUAUUCCUGGACCAAAGGGAGACAGGGGUGAUGCUGGUGAGAAAGGCCCAGAAGGUGCUCCUGGCAAAGAUGGCAGCCGAGGCUUGAGUGGUCCCAUUGGUCCUACCGGUCCUGCUGGCCCUAGUGGAGAGAAGGGUGAAUCAGGUCCCCCUGGCCCAAGUGGAGCUGCUGGUACUCGGGGUGCCCCUGGUGAGCGUGGAGAAACUGGACCUCCUGGCCCCGCUGGGUUUGCUGGCCCCCCUGGUGCUGAUGGCCAGCCUGGUGCUAAAGGCGAGCAAGGUGGAUCUGGCCAGAAAGGAGAUGCUGGAUCCCCUGGUCCACAAGGGCCAUCUGGUGCUCCCGGUCCACAGGGUCCAACUGGUGUAACAGGUCCAAAAGGAGCUCGUGGUGCACAAGGACCCCCAGGCGCCACCGGAUUCCCUGGUGCAGCAGGACGGGUUGGACCACCUGGUCCCAAUGGUAACCCUGGUUCCCCAGGCCCACCUGGUGCUUCUGGAAAAGACGGUCCCAAGGGUGCCCGUGGUGACGCAGGGCCAGUUGGACGUACUGGUGAUCCAGGUUUGCAAGGCCCGCCUGGUCCUGGAGGCGAGAAGGGAGAAUCUGGAGAAGAUGGCCCUCCUGGUGCAGAUGGCCCUCCUGGACCUCAGGGUUUGGCAGGACAGAGAGGAAUAGUUGGUCUUCCCGGUCAGCGAGGUGAAAGAGGCUUUCCUGGUCUGCCUGGGCCUUCUGGUGAGCCUGGUAAACAAGGAUCUCCUGGAGGUCCAGGAGAUAGAGGCCCACCUGGCCCAGUUGGUCCACCCGGUUUGACUGGUCCCUCUGGUGAACCUGGCCGUGAGGGUAAUCCUGGUUCAGAUGGUCCUCCAGGCAGAGAUGGUUCCCCGGGACCGAAGGGUGAACGUGGUGAGACCGGAGCUGUUGGAAGUCAUGGUGCUCCUGGCUCACCUGGUGCUCCAGGUCCUGUUGGUCCAACUGGCAAACAAGGAGACAGAGGUGAAACAGGUCCUCAAGGUCCCAUUGGCCCUACUGGCCUUGCAGGAGCAAGGGGCUUACCUGGUACACAAGGUCCUCGUGGCGACAAAGGUGAAGCUGGAGAGGCAGGAGAACGAGGUCUGAAGGGUCACCGAGGAUUCACCGGCCUGCAGGGUCUCCCUGGGCCUCCUGGUCCUUCUGGAGAUCAAGGUACAUCUGGUCCUGCUGGUCCCUCUGGUCCCAGGGGUCCCCCAGGCCCCGUUGGUCCCUCUGGCAAAGAUGGCUCUAAUGGAAUGCCUGGGCCUAUUGGCCCUCCUGGCCCUCGUGGUCGUAGUGGAGAAACUGGUCCAGCUGGUCCUCCUGGCAACCCCGGCCCUCCUGGCCCUCCUGGCCCACCUGGAGCUGGGAUUGAUAUGUCAGCCUUUGCUGGCCUUGGCGGCCAGACUGAGAAAGGUCCUGAUCCAAUGCGCUACAUGCGGUCCGAUCAGGCUGUCAGCAACUUGCGGCAACAUGAUGUUGAGGUUGAUGCCACACUGAAGAGUCUCAAUAACCAGAUUGAAAGCAUCCGAAACCCUGAGGGCAGUAAGAAGAACCCAGCUCGAACCUGUCGUGACCUGAAACUAUGCCAUCCUGACUGGAAGAGCGGUGAUUAUUGGAUUGACCCCAACCAGGGCUGCACUUUGGAUGCCAUAAAGGUUUUCUGCAACAUGGAGACUGGCGAGUCCUGUGUCUAUCCGAAGCCAAAGAGCAUUCCCAGGAAGAAUUGGUGGACAAGCAAGAACAAGGAGAAAAAGCACAUCUGGUUUGGAGAAAGCAUCAAUGGAGGAUUUCAUUUUAGCUACGGAGAUGACAACUUGGCUCCUAACACUGCCAACAUCCAGAUGACUUUCCUGCGACUCUUGUCUUCUGAAGGCUCACAAAAUCUUACCUACCACUGCAAGAACAGUAUUGCGUACAUGGAUGCAGCGUCCGGCAACCUUAAGAAAGCUCUCCUGAUACAGGGAUCCAACGACGUGGAGAUGAGAGCCGAGGGCAAUAGCAGGUUUACCUACACUGCCUUGCAGGAUGGAUGUACUAAACAUACUGGCAAGUGGGGGAAGACAAUCAUCGAGUAUCGAUCUCAGAAGACUUCGCGCCUGCCCAUCAUUGACAUUGCGCCUAUGGACAUUGGUGGCGCCGAUCAGGAAUUUGGUGUUGACAUUGGCCCCGUGUGCUUUUUGUAAAAGGAGAACAAACCCUAAAAUCAAUAUUUUUUUACCGAUCCAAGUACUUCCCAAUCACUUUUAGGACUUCUGCACUGAAUGGCUGAACCAAACUCCUCCCUUUCCCUCCCCCCACCAAAAAACCUUUUUGCUUACAUUUUUGGACUCUCUUAUCAUUUUCUGUGGCCACCAUUGCUUGAGUAGAUCACGAAGCCAGCAUAAGGAAGGAAGGAAGGAAGGAAGGAACAACUAAUAAUGGUAUUAUUUAUUUAUUGUCUUCCUAGAGGGCCUUUCUUGGGUCAGGUGGUGAUAGGAAGCUCACAAGCAUAUAUGAAGGGUCCUUCCCUCCAAGUUGCUGAUGUUCCCAAUCCUGGUUGUAGCCAAAUCUUUUCCCCACUCCAUUCUGAGUGCGUAUUUCAAAGCAAGAUUACUGUGUACGAUACUAAAGAUGGUGCUAUUAUUGUUAAAACAAGUCUGUAUUUUUUAACAUCAAUUGAUAUAAAAACCUUUGUUGGAAAAUAACAA